AUGAUUAACUCUUUCAAUCAAACUGCUUCAAGAUAUCCAUCCCAGGAAGGAUCACUCACUUCAACCAUGAAAACUGUUUUGUGUAUCUUCACUCUCUUUUUUGUUGCUCAAAUUAUUGGAACCUGUUUUUUUGGUGUAUACUUUUACAAACGGAUGGAUAAGGUUGAAGAGGAGUUAAGCUUUGAUGAAGAUUAUUCGUUCCUGAGAAAAAUACAUAAAUGUAUCAAAGGACAAGAUGUAGAUUCAACAUUACUGAACUGCGAGGAGGUUGUUGCAAGAUUCCACAGUUUACUUACAGAGAAGAGACUUGCGCCAUUCUUGCACAUGCUUGUGAGUGACACAUUUGUUGUAUCUGAUAGUGACACUCUAACAGCAUCUGAUCUAGAGCGCCUAAGUCAGGAUUCUAGCUUAUUACCAUCUAAAAAGGAGGCAUUCAGAACGUCCAACAAUCUCACUCAAAAACUGGGGGGAAGUAUACCAUCUACGGAUGUACCUCAUGUAGGUGAAAAAGAUGUCACAGAGAAAGAAAAAUCCCAAGUUGCAGUGCAUCUUGUGGGAGAAAAAAACACCAACUCUCAGGUUUUGCAAUGGAUGGAAAAGGGUUAUACCUCAAUGCGAAAGCAGAUAACCUAUGCAAAUGGAAAAUUACAAGUGGAUAUUCCUGGAAUCUAUUACAUCUAUUCCCAAGUCAGUUUUUGUUUGAAUUCAACACAGUUUUCUCGUGCACCAUUUACACAAAACAUCUUUUUAAGCAGACCCCAUGAAACGGACAAACUCUUGUUGAAAGGUGCAAACACUUUUGUAUCACAGACUACAGAUUGCUCAUUGCAUUCUAUCCAACAAGGAGGAGUAUUCACAUUCAGACAAGGGGACCAACUGUUCGUCAAUGUAACAGAUUCAUCUCGGAUCAAUUACAGUCCUGGACUCACAUAUUUUGGCAUGUUCAAGCUUUGAACAACUAGUUAAACAUAAAUAACA